AUGGACAGCCUAGAGUUUGAUUUGCAUGCCUUGAUUCUUGAUAGUUUAGCAAAUGUUUUGAGUAGACAAGUUACAUCAACAACUAAAGAUGAACUUUUGAGAUUAGUGACAAGGUGUCCUUUGUUAUUGCCAAGCGAUGGCCUUGAGAAUGGAAAUGCUGUUGGUUUCAUGACAAAGUCAUAUCAGCAAAGCAUUUCAUCAUUAGCAGUAUUUGCAGCAAAUACAACUUCAACAACCCACCUCGUUGAAGUUUUACCACAUUUACUCAAUCAUCUAAAGCAACUUCCUGCCUUUUCCUUUGAGGAAACAUUGACAUGGAAAGAUUAUUCACUCCCCGACGAAUUAGCCGGAAAUUUAAUAUCUGAAUUGCUAAUAAUCGCGAUUCGAUACCCCGAUAAACGAAAUGAGAUCAUUGACUCCGUGUGGGCAUUUAUAGAAACUCUGACGGAACUCAUAAAAUGCAGAAAUGAACACAUUUGUACGGUAGUACUUCCAUUAUUUAAUGGUUGUAUCCGCGCGAUCCAAACCUCCAAUAUAGCAUGGGAUAUACAAGAUUUCAUGGCGCUUUCAAAGAAAACUCUUGACUUGAUCCACAAUGAUUCAUUAUCAUUUAUCAACGGGGAAAUUGACUCGUUAUUACAAUCAGUAGAUCCCAAAGAAGCUUAUGGGAAACGACUACUCGCAAAAUAUCAAUUUAUCGAUUCUCCGUUAUCUACCAAUUCUCUCAUUUUUGGACUCUUUACGAUGAAGAAAAAUAUCCUCUCGCGUAUUACUCUUGUUCUCACUAAUAAUACCAACACGAAUAAUAGUAACGACAGAGAUGAUGAGUGGGUGACAAUGAUGAAUUUUCCAGACGUUUGGAAUGUUUUGACGGGUAAUCCGAUUGUGAAUACUGUUACUCUAGAAGAAGACGUGAAGAAAGCUCUAAGGGCGACUUAUAUAAUGGCAUUACAGUAUUUUACGGAAUUAACAAAAUUAACCGAGAAUUUGCAGGGAAAAGAAUAUCCGAUUGGAAUGUAUGCACGGGAGAUUAUGGCCGUUUGUCUAAAUUUGGCAGGCCUUUCCAGCAUUUAUCUUCAAGAGAUUGAUGAUGAAUUGACGGGAAAGUUGACAUCGUCCUUAUUUAAUGUUCCUCACACACCAGAUGUCAAAGUUCAGACUGCGGCACUUGAUGUCGCUUGUUUAAUUGCUUUAAAUUUCAGGCAUUUAACAGGUCGGAUGAUCGAUACAAUGCGUAAAUUCCUUACCACUUCUUCGACUAUUUUCGAAUUAGCUGUUGUCGCUUUUAACGAUCUUACAAUACAACAAUAUGCAAUUGAUCGACUUGCUUGUUGUCUAAAGGCAUCAAAUGAAGAUGUAAAUUCAGUUAUUCACGCAUUUUAUAACGUGCUCAUCACGGGUGAAUAUGAACGUCCGCCUGUAUCUCCAGUAAUUACCCCAAAUGUCUCAAAUCAUAGUGAUGAAGUCUCUCUGGAUAGCACAUUAAGCGGGUUUUCACGUACUGAAGAACAACGAUAUCAAAUAUCUGAGAACAUUAUUUGCUCUAUUGUCGGGAUAGCUUGCAUCUUGCAAAAUGACAAGAUCAUUAAUUUAGUAGUUUCCCUGCUCAAGCAACGUCUUCACACUGGUACUCCGUCUCUUGACGUCCUGAUACUCGAUAAAUUGGUGGAAAUUGCAUUAAUAGGCCCGGAACGCACGUUCCUUGAUAUAACCGAGAAAUUUAAUGUGAUCAGUAUUAAACUAAUAUUUUCACAAGAGAAUAAAAUUAUUACCACUGCGGUAUUGAAAUGCCAACUGAAUUUGGCCAAACGAAUCAGCGCACGUCCAGAAUUUUACGGGAUAUACAUGACGAAAAUAUUAUUUCUAUUUGUAGAAAAAGGUGUGAAAAUUCAAGAUGCAGUAUCAGAACAUGGAAAAGUAAAGGUUACAGCUUUAGCUGCAGAACUUGGCAUUUUACUCCCCGUUCUCAAAGUAUUACUGGCUCACGACGACUUUAAGGUUAACCCGUCAGAAGAUUUGGUCGCAAUGUUUCGUAACGUUUGGUUUUAUUGUGUUUUGUACGGAUUCGUUUCUGAAACAACAUGGGUACGCGAAUGGCAUGAUUGUUUAGUUGCGAUCGCGCAAAAGACUCCGCCCUUAGUACUUGAAAGCGCGACAAAUUAUCUGUCAAGUGAUUUACAGUAUAAUUCGGUAUUACGUAGAGGAAAAUCUGAACAGGACCUCGCUUCUUUGCGUUCUUCACUAUCUGCAUUUCUACCAAAUCGUGCAUACGAAAUUCGUAGCUUUACCUUCGCCGAAAUUGUAUUCUUACUUUCUGUGUAUCAUAUUGAAACCAUGCAAAGUCAAUUGGGCAAAUGCUCGUUUGUGCUUCGGUAUUUUGUUAACAAAGGAGUGAAUGAAAGCAAAUUGGUUGUAUGCAUGGAAGAAAUUGGCGAUCAGGCUAUUAAAGGGUUCAUAUCCGAAUGUACUAGAAGAACAAUCGCACACACAAUUGACGAUAACCUACGUACUCAAGUGCGUAAUCUGAUGAUUGGCGCUUGUCACCGUCUCGAAAAAGUUCAUCGUCUCUCAAUCAAAUAUCUUGACCAGUUAAUCACUGCACUCCCGUUGAUAUUGUGUGACAAAAGGCUUUUAUUCCUGUUGUUGGAGUUGAUCGAGUUGGUUUGGCAAAGUUGUGAAGCUGAAUAUUUGAACGAGUAUAGCCCCGUAUAUACAUUCAGGUCGCCAAAAGUUGGGGUGACACUAGAGUUUCCGGAUACUUGUAAUUAUCGGAGAGAAAUGCUUUCCUCGUUAUGCGAAAACGCCAAAAAAUGGCUUACGGGUGCGAUGUCUCUUGCUCCUUUAGACAUUCGCGGGAUUAUAGAAAAUUAUCUUGCAGAGUUUGAUCCAUAUCAAUCGGUAAAUCCUAGUCACAUGGGCCGCUCAAUAGCCUUGGAAAUCGGCAAAUCUUUUUCAAAAAUUGAUCACCGAUUUGGAACAUUGCCUCGUAUUCCUGGUGUAAUUGUUGACAAUCUUUCAGAUUUCAUUAGUGAUUAUUCUUCUCGACGACAUUAUCGUGGAAGUUUACAACAUUGGAUUGAAGUUGACGCAUUGAAAGUCAAAGAUUCCGAAGACUCUCACUCGCCCACCAAGAAUCUUGAAGGUAUCUUGGAACAAUUAAAGCAGCAAUUAGCUCUUUUAGAGAAACGCGUGCUGGCUGGAACCCAUUUCUCUUUAAAAGAAGUAAAUAAUACUUUGCAUCUAGCGGCCGCAAUCUUAAUUGCUUCAUCAAAGGUGGACGAUAUCAUCCAAUAUGUUGUCUGGAUUCCCGUGUACAUAUUCAAGCCCGAAUCUAUAAAAUUAGCGACACAAAUUUGGAACUGGAUAAUUACAGAAAAGCCAGAAAUCGAAAAACGUAUUAUGGUUGAAAUAGUGAAUAGCUGGAUCUGGGCAUUGAGACAUCGUAUGGGAUUGUUUUCUGGUGCACUUGACGUGAAAGCUCCGUUUGUCAAUAAAAUGUUAUACGCGCCUUCUGAUAAGGAAUCACGGGAUAAAACAUAUCAACUGGCCAAUUACUUGUUUGGGUCUCAUAUAACCUGGAUUCAAUUCUUGUCUAGUCGAUUUCAGGCUGUACGAUACAGAAGUCCUGAAAUUGUAAAUCUUUAUCUUCGACUUUUCCAAAUCACCCUUGACUAUUGCGAUUCCAUGAGUAACCAUUCUUUGUCGAGAGAAGCUAGAUUUGAAAUAUUACUGCUCGGAUUCAAAGUACUACAAUCUAACCACAUGGAAGCGCUGAUAGAAUAUCAAUUUCGAUCACGUCUAUAUCGGGCGGCUUUCGCUUGGUUUUCUUUAUCUCCAAAAUGGUCGUAUGGCGGUAAUAAACGAGCCACACUGACUGACUACAAAUUACUUCAGGAAGUCUAUAGAGUUGUCGAUAUUGACAAGGUAGAGAUGGACGAAAUACUUUCUUCUGUACCGAAGAAAAAUUCGCAGGCGGCUUUAGCUAAUGGUUCUCCAGUUUUUAUUGCUGAUAAAACACGAGAAGAUAUAAUAAAGCAAGCGGCACAAUCCAAAAAACUUUUAUUACUAUUCUUAAAAAGUGAACUCGGUAGGCUUGCAACAUGGAGUAAUCCUUUAAAUGCCACGGAUCAAAUCAAGGAGAUGCUUGUGGACAAAACAUUAACAGAUGAUGGAUGGAAACAAUUAAUCCGUCAUGCUUGGGAUAUUUCCCCACAACUUGCUGUCCAACUAACUGCGCGCUUCCAACAACCAGUAGUGCAAAAUGAACUGCAUACUCUUAUUGCUAAUAAUACCGCGGAAGCUGUUGGCGUGGUGGAGGCUUUGCCUUUAUUAUUGGGCGAAAAAUUAGCACAGAAUGUUGUACCUCGAUUAAAGUAUUUACUUUAUUGGGCACCAGUACCGCCAAUCACGGCCAUUACAUAUUUUUCCCCUUCAUAUAACUAUAAUCCUUUGGUCUUACAAUACGCAAUGCGAGCUUUGGAAUAUCAUCCUGUGGAUGUUGUGUUUUUCUAUAUCCCCCAAAUAGUUCAAGCAUUGCGACACGAUAAACUAGGUUAUGUUGAAAGAUUUAUAAUGAAUGCUGCCCAAAUAUCGCAACUUUUCGCGCAUCAGAUUAUUUGGAACAUGAAAGCAAACAUGUUCAAAGAUGAAGAAUCAUCCAUUCCAGAUACUUUAAAACCGACUCUCGACCGUAUAAUUGAUAACAUAGUGGACUCUCUAUCUGGGAAAGACAAAGAAUUCUUCGAGCGAGAAUUUACAUUCUUUAAUAAUGUCACCUCGAUAUCGGGAAAGCUUAAACCUUAUAUUAAAAAGUCUAAAGAAGAAAAGAAGCAAAAAAUCGACGAAGAAAUGAAAAAAAUCAAAGUAGAUAUUGGCGUCUAUUUGCCCAGUAAUCCGGAAGGAAUUGUCAUCGGUAUCGAUUACAAAUCUGGACGUCCUUUGCAAAGUCACGCAAAAGCACCAUUUAUGGCAACUUUCAAAAUCCGAAAGACGAAAAACGAUUCAGACGAAAUCAAAGAAGUUCUGGUCGCACGAGCAGAUACAGAGGGACUUCCAAGGAAAGAAAAAACUAUUGAUGUUUGGCAAUCGGCAAUCUUCAAAGUUGGUGACGAUUGUCGACAAGAUGUGUUGGCGUUACAGUUGAUUGCUAUCUUCAAAAAUAUAUUUACGAGCGUUGGACUAGAUUUGUAUCUAUUCCCAUAUCGAAUUGUCGCCACUGCACCGGGAUGUGGCGUAAUUGAUGUAAUCCCAAAGUCAAUAUCACGGGAUCAAUUAGGGCGAGAAAAAGUUAAUAGUCUUUAUGACUAUUUUUUGACCAGAUAUGGAGGAUUAGAUUCGAUUGAAUUUCAAAAAGCCAGAAAUUGUUUUAUACAGAGUGUUGCCGCUUAUUCUGUCGUGUCGUACCUUUUACAAUUCAAAGAUAGGCAUAAUGGCAAUAUCAUGUUAGAUGAUGCAGGACAUAUAAUUCAUAUCGAUUUCGGAUAUAUCCUUGAAAUCGCACCAGGCGGUAUCACAUUCGAAAGUUCACCAUUCAAGCUCACCACCGAAAUGAUCCAAGUUAUGGGUGGUAGCGCAGAUGUGCAGCCAUUCAAAUGGUUUUCUGAACUUUGUAUUAAGGCUUAUUUAGCAUCAAGGUCAUACGCAGAACAAAUUAUCCAAUGCGUUGCAUUGAUGCUUGGAUCAGGUCUUCCAUGUUUUAAAGGAGAAAGAACACUAAAAAAUUUACGCACACGUUUCCAACUUGACAAAACGGAACGAGGCGCUGCCGAUUUUAUGAUUGAGCGAAUUAAUCAGUCGUUUGAGAAUAGGAGAACUGUGUGGUACGAUAGUUUCCAAAAGGCGACGAAUGGAAUUCCUUAUUGA